AUGGAGGAGCUCUUUGAUUAUGGGCCUGAUUUGCUUUCUGAUCGCGCGUCAUUUCAAGCACUCAUCGAUGAAUUAUAUCCGUCAGGCAAAACAAUGCAAUUAGAUGUUGAGUUCAGCAGCCGUGGCACCUCUCCUCCUGGUCCCGAUACUCCGCCUUCAUCUUCGGGCGGUGAUCAGGAAGAGGUCGUUAGCCUGGAGGCGGAACAUGAACAUCAAGCCUUCGCUCAAGGAGCACUGAUGACAGAAAUGCUUGCCGGAAUAAGAGGAUCCACCCCUCACGAGCUGAUGCGAUCAGGCUCCAACGUUUACCAUGAUCUGAGCACGAUCGAGUCAUCCUUUCAUGAGCCUUAUUUGGGAGUCCCGUCUUCUUCUCAAGAUUCCCACAAUCAAAUGCCAUCUUAUAUCUGGGAUAGCACUCCUGAAAGACCUCUUCAGCACAGGACCGUCUAUGGUACCAGCUUUACAUGGGCCGACCCUACCGCCAUCAACUUCAACAACCCUAAUCUAGUCUACCACCCAGGUGUCCAAGCGUUCUUUGAUCCGACAGCGUUCGUCCCUCGGUCUGCGAUGCUGCCUCCUCAAUUUCCCUAUACUCUUCCUCCUGCUGCCGGUACAGACCAUGGAGUUGAUGCCAGCCAAGAACUGACGUCCCCUACGGGUUUCCAACGUGAUGAUAUGUUGCCAGGAUACCAAAACUCAUCCUCGCCAGAUAUCAUGACAAGUCAUGCUGGAUACAACUUCGAUAACAGUCUACAACGAUCCAUCCCCUUUGACAUGAUUGAACAGCCCCCCUUCCACGCCAGCCAUCAGACCAAUGCUUCCCUCUUACCACAGCAGCAAUCUACUGCAAAUGAGGAGACACUCGUUGUUGCUGCAGAGAUUUCUCGUGCCAAUGAGACGGCUGAUCUCCCCAUAAGGAACAACUACCGCUCAAGAGAGCAGCACAACUCCCGAUCUCCAGAGGCCACGCGGCGAGGCGGCGUAUCAGGGUCUUCGUCAUCACGAGGCUCGAGCCCGAGACCUAUACAUAAGGGAGGACGCUCAGGCGGUCUCGACGGCAAUACCAGAGCACAUGCCAACCAAAUGCGAAAGUUGGGCGCAUGCUGGAUCUGUGCUUUCCAGAGAGAUCAGUGCGAUCCAGGAAGUCCUUGCACCAGGUGUCAAGACCGAAGCAUCAGGGGCUCUCUGCAUAUGCUACCUUGCUCGCGCAUGCAUCUUCAAGAACUAGUCCACCAGUUCCUUCCUGCUACGAUGAACAGACAACAUCGUCGUGAUGAAAUUUUGUCGUUUGCAAAGAAGAGUCUGGGAUUCUGGAGGGCUGAUGCUCCUAUUCAGGUUCACUUGACUUCGUUGGGCAUGGGUCACUUCACUUGGGAUCUACAUGAAUACGAACCCUCUUCUCAGGAUCUACUACUGCAGAAGCGAUACAAGGUUGGCAUCUCUGGGACUUGGCAGCGUAUAGAGAAGAGGUCACCACCUUUAGCUCUGAAACAAGUCAACUUCAGCCCAAGCCACAAGCUGGAAGAUUAUGUGGAUAACAUCGUCGAUCAAUAUCUCGAGAUGUUUCAAGAGCAAGCAUAUUAUGGAGAAGAAGAUUCGUGUGCCAUGUUCCAGAACGAAUUACUCAGAGCGCUGUGCAGUCUUUACACCAGCCUGCCGGACGAAGACGAUGUAAGCUGA